AUGAACGUACUCAAUGGUUCCAGUUAUCGGCGGCAUAAUGUUAAAGUAACGUAUCAGCAAAUCUGUAAUUGGUUUGCAAAUCAACGUGCUGCUAAUAGGAAAUCACCUCAAUCGAAUCAUACUAUUGUUACACAUUGUCCAUUAUCAGUGGGGCAGUCAUCCAUUUUACUUCCACCCCAGUCACAUUCUAGUCCAUCUGGUGAAUUCCGUCCAAAAUUUGAUUUUAAUAGUUUGUUGGACAGCAAACAAGCCAAUGGAAACAGCAGUGAACGUAUCGAAGGAGGCUCAGAAUCGCCGACACCGAAUGAUGAUGUCAGUGUGCAUAGCGCCAGCGACUGUGGUUUUGAUCAGGUUUCUGCGUUGAAACAGGAUUCUGCAACUUCAUCUCCGGAAAUAUCUUUCGAUUUGAAUGGUGGUCAUGCGUCAAUAUCGCCGAAACCAGCCGGUGGAGACACUGUUGGACAUCAACAAAUAACAAGCAAUGGCAGUGGAAAUGGUAAUGGUAUAUCAGGACAACCACAGCAAAUACAGACACCCUCGAAUACAGUCGCUCGAUCAAGAUUAAUGUUCGAUCCACUCACGGAGUUACCAGUCCUAGAGAAAUGGUUUGAAGAAAAUCCACAUCCUACUUGGCUACAGAUUGACCAUUAUACAGAAGCGCUGAACAGCUGUCAAUAUAGACAAAGUUAUCCACCAAUUUCAACGCACAAUGUUAAAAUCUGGUUCAAAAAUCGACGAGCCAAAUGUAAACGUAUGCAGACUGGUGAUUUGAAUUUGAAGAUGAUGAUUUGA